AUGUCGGAGUGGGCCAACGAGGCUCGUGCAGCACUGGCACUACCACCAACAAGUGCCUUGCCGCGUUUACGCACAGAGCCGACUCUGGCCUCCAUGGAGUCGGCACUGAGACAUGUGGAUAUAUUGUACGGCUCAGCAGAACAGCGGCCGGCCGAUCUUGACGAUGAGUUACUCGACGAGCUAGAUGCAGCGCGUGCUGAUCCUACGGAACGCUCGUUUGUUUUGGAUUGGCUCACUCGUGUCGUUGAGACAGAGCUUUCUUGGAUUUCAGAUACCCACUCGCGCCGUGCUGCAACGGAACAUGCAGCUCAGAUCCUUUCUGGAUGCACAUCUGCAUUGGAUGAUGGCGACAUUGUGCGUGAGUUCACAUUUCCACUCCAGGAUGAAACGGGCGUUCCUCCUCACAUACAAACUGCUCAGAAUACGACAGUACCUUCCCCGUCUUGUGCAUCAUUUUCCUCUGUUCCUGGAGCACGCAUGUCCGUCUCUGUGUGCGUGCGCGAUGCGCCGCUGCCACCAUCAGAUGCACACAGCGUCCAAGGUGCCGCACAAGCUGCUGAUGCCGUGGGCGUGCAGACGUAUGCAAGUUCUGUGAUCCUCUGCGACUUAUUAGUGCGAUGUCCAAGUGCCUGGCACCAGUGUCUAGAGGUAUCGAGCCGACCAAAGAGCACGUGGCUCAAUGAGCGUGCAUUCCGAGUCAUGGAACUAGGGGCGGGUACAGGCAUCGUUGGCAUGGUAGCAGCUCACGUUGUGUCGCAUAUUUUUGGGCAGUGGACCAAUGCCUGUCGUCCCACUGUCUACGUGACGGACUAUCACGCCGAUGUGAUGAAAAAUUUGUUCUACAACGUGGAACACUACCUGCAUGUGCCUGAGGAACAUGUCGACGUCCAAUGCAUGCCGUUAGAUUGGCGUGCAUUGCAUGACCUUGUGUAUCCGGAGCGUGCACACGGCCAGAGCGUCGCUUGUACGCCUCCAGCGCCACAAAGCAUCUCGCUUCUACUUGUUGCAGAUCCCGUGUAUGAUCCCAUGCAUGCCACAUGGCUCAUUGCGGCGAUCGUGUACUUGCUAGCCCUGCCUGACACGGAUGCCGACGCUCGUGCACACAUUGUGCUCCCAGUGCGAACAGCUGGGCGCCUCGCUGGACUAUAUGCGACGGUCGAUGACGCGCUUGCAGCACAAGACGCGCGGCAUGGCUUCCGGCUGGCCAAACGGCAACAAAUGCGCCUUCCUCGACGACCUGGACUCGGUCGGCAGGACGAGAGCGAGUAUAUAUGGACGGAGCUCGCUUGGCGUGCUACGGCGUAG